AUGACCGAACUGGAAUGGACCGAAACUUCGAGAAAGUUCGUCACGUCGGAUAUAUCCGGUUCAGAAGACGGUGGCGACGAUUAUAAUAACAGUACCAGCGAGUUGCAACUCUACGGCGCAUCACUGAUUUCUGCCGGAGAGUUCCUAAUCCCUAAUUUUGAUUCUGGGAAUGAUGACAUUGGUGAAAAUCCGGGUGAUACAAAUAUUACUAGCGAUAGUAAAUACGAUGAUAACAAUAGUGUUAACCAAAAUAAGGAUGGUAACAGGCGAGCAACCAACGAAACAAACCAAUUCUUGAAAAAUAAUAACACACAGAAUGUCAGCAAUAACGAUAUCCACAAUAGCAUCAACAACAACAACAUUAACAACAACAACGAUACUCCUACUACUGCUAUUGCUAGUAGUAGUCGUAAUAAUAAUAAUAAUAAUAAUAAUAAUAAUAAUAAUAAUAAUAAUAAUAAUACUAAUAAUAAUAAUAAUAACGGUGAUGAUUGUGAUGUCGACGAUGACAAUGAGGAUGAAAAUCGGAGUAAUAGUUCUGGCUGUAGCUUGCAGACUGUUUUGAGCCAGGACACGCUGGCUAGCAAGAGUACAGUUGUCAGGAGAGCCGGCUUCUUGCUCGUCAAAAACUGGCUAGUACACCACAAGAAGAAACUCGAGUUAGCUCACAGAAGGUCGUGGAAGAAAUACUGGGUGAGUCUACGUGGUAACGUUUUGUGGUUCAGUGACGUCAAACAUGAAACUGCUACUGCUGCUGCUGCUGCUACUGCAACAGCUGAUGACAAUCAAGAUGGAAGGUUUGAUGCUCAGCCUUCCCAUAAAAUAGUGAUCGAGGCCUGCUUAGUGCAACCAAUGCCAGAACACCCAAGAAGAAACCACGUCUUCUCAUUGGCUACUGCAUUUGGAGACGUGUACUUAUUUCAAGGAGCGAAUGCCAAUGAUUCUGAACGCUGGCUGAACUCCAUGCAUUGCGCCUGUUCUGCCUCGCUAGCCAGACAACACGGACGCGAAAAUACGCUGAAACUGCUCAAAAACGAAAUACAAAGACUUGAAAACAACAUCGAACUAGAUAUAAAAAUGAGUAAGAUGGCCGACAACCACCUGGCGACAGUGGCCGACAUUCGGAGUCGACAGGCGAUCGAGAAGCAGAUCAACACCUGGAAGGACAACAUGGAGGCGUUCCACGUUGACCAGUUUCGUCUCAGGUGCUACAUGACGUCGUUGCUGGGGGCUGAACUGCCUAAUCCGAAACCACUGUUAGGCCUGAUGUUGAAGCAGACGAGAAAUAUGCUAUCCCGCCUAAAUGCCGUCACAGCUACGACUUUUUACGCAGCUGUCAGAUCUAGACAGCAGAUUAGCGGCAAAGGAACCGGCACAGCUGCUAGUGACGUCAUUUUUAGCAACGGUAGCUUGCAUAAGCAGUACUGUCCUUUGUCGAGUUUCAAAAUGGACGAUGGUCACGUGACUAAGGAUGUGUCUAAAAUUACUUCUCAAGACCAGCAACUGGAUAACCGUCAUUUCGUAGCUCCUCCCAUUUUUUCUACGUCAUCAAUCAUCAAGGUCAUGUUGACCAAUCAGGAGCACGUUAGCGUUGAGAUCAACGAUAAGACGACGGUUCGUGACGUCAUCGAAGCGGUUUGCAGCCGAAGUCGUCUGAAUCCAUCCGACCACUUUCUGAGAAUUCACGUUACCAAAGAUAUUUUUAAGGUUCCGGACAAAAUGGUCUUCGUUCAGUCGGAAAAUAACUACGACUUCAUAGAACUCUGCCAGAAGUUAAUCUUCCAAGUAACCCUGACGCGGACUGAGACGGAGAGAGACCUAGGCCUGAAGGUCGAGGCCGAACUGGCAGACGAUGUUGACCUGGAAGAUGAACUGUGCUUGUUUGUCAGUGAAAUCGUCAAGGGCGGCCUAGCCCAUAGUGGGGGUUAG